GGUUCUUGUCAAUACACGAGAGUCAGGCGUUGAGCCUGGCUACUACUACUCAGGGCAAUAACAUGCACGGUCGAAUAUCAUAUCAGUGCUACUCUUAUCAGAUGUGGUCCCAUGGUACAUGUACAUACAAAGUUUCGCUAACCGUCUACAACCCAUGUCUAAAUGUCGUCAUCAUACCACUUGUCACAAUAGACACCCAGAUACCUUCAUCCAUCCAUUACCAAGUACCUAUCAACUUGUGCGUGUUGUCUCUUUGAUCGAUUGAAUCCAGAUAAAGAUAACUUCGAUUCUCGCUUUUUAGCCUAAAUCCGACACCGAGGUCACGUUCAUCUUUGCAUGGAAAGGACAUUUCCCCACACCACAGGAAAGCAUCAGGUUACAAAGAUCAUCAAACCGCCACAUACUGCUACUAUUUUGAGAUCAUCAUGACGGAAUCUUCUGUUGUUCUUGUUACUGGCGGAAACACCGGCAUUGGUUAUGAGACUGUCAAAGCAUUGUAUGCUUCGCCGAAACCCUACAAAGUCCUAAUGGGUAGCCGCUCCCUGGAAAAAGCCACGGAUGCAAUCUCCAAGCUCAAGACCGAGGUCCCAGAAUCAAAAUCUGAAGUUGAGGUAAUUCAGCUCGAUAUCGAGGAUGACGAGUCCAUUGAGAAAGCAUUCGAGAAAGUCAAGAGCAAGUAUGGCCGUCUUGACACUCUAGUAAAUAACGCAGGUGCAUCCUUUGACAACGAUCUGCGCAAAGAUUCCAGUCCCAAAAGUAUCCGCGCCGUCUGGGACAAAGCCUACUCGCUCAAUGUCACCUCGACUCAAGUCGUGACAUAUACCUUUGCCCCUCUCCUGAUUGCUUCUUCUGACCCCAGGUUACUCUUUGUAACCUCCGGUCUGUCCUCCUUGGAAACUUGCUCCAAUGGCGUCGACUCCAAGCUUGUCGAUACAGGCAAAGCAAAAGGAUGGCCCAAGCCUCAAAACCCUACUCCAACAGCCUACAGGUCCAGCAAAACGGCGUUGAACAUGCUAAUGUUGAGCUGGGCGAUAAUGCUUCAGGCGGAUGGCGUAAAGGUGUUCGGUAUUAGCCCAGGGUUCUUGGCUACGGGGCUCGGAGGAUUGGGGCCUGACUUCUUGAAGAAAUUUGGUGCAGGAGACCCAAGCGUUGGUGGAGAACUCAUCAGGGAUGUUGUCCAGGGGAAGCGAGACGAGCAUGCUGGCAAGGUUAUCAACAAGGAUGGUGUGCAACCUUGGUAAACGCGUUGUAUCGGGUCAUGGGUGAGGUUGGGGUGAUAAUUCUCUCUCGGAGAAUAAGACCCAACCCGAUUCAAUAUCACACUGCAUA